AUGGCAGCCACCGUCAACCCCAUCAUUCCCGGCUUCUCGCCCGACCCCUCCAUUGUCAAGGUCGGCGAAUGGUUCUUCCUUGUCAAUUCGACCUUUCACAUGUUUCCUGGCCUGCCCAUCUACGCAUCCCAGGAUCUUGUCUCAUGGAAGCAAAUCGGAAACGCAAUUCACCGGCAGAGCCAGCCCAGCCUGGCCAAAGCCGACACACGGCUCACGCCGCUGUACGAUGGCGGCACGCUGACGGAGGUCAUGGCCAGCACGGGCGGCCUGUAUGCACCGACGAUCCGGCACCACAAUGGCACCUUUUACGUCGUGUGCACCAACGUGAUCCGCACGGCGGCCGGCGAGGGCCGUGACGAACAGCCCAGCGAGGAAACGGAAAACUUUAUUGUGUCCACGCAGGACAUUUGGGCCGGCAUCUGGAGCGACCCCGUCCCCUUCCAGUUCCGCGGCAUUGACCCGAGUCUCUUUUUUGACGACGACGGCACGGUCUACGUCCACGGCUCGGCGGGCCCCGGGCCGUACACGACGAUCCGGCAGUUCCAGAUCGACCUGGCGACCGGCGCGGCGCUCUCGGAGGAGCGUCUGCUCUGGCGAGGCACGGGGGGCAUCUACCCCGAAGGCCCGCACAUGUACCGGCGCAACGGGUGGUACUACCUCGUGAUCUCCGAGGGGGGCACGCACGAGGGCCACAUGAUUACGACGGCGCGGUCCAGGAGCGUGUGGGGCCCCUACGCGGCGUACGAGCACAACCCGAUCCUGACGGCCAAGGGCACGGACGCGUACAUCCGCUACACGGGCCACUGCGACCUGGUCGAGGACGACCAGGGCCAGUGGUGGGGCGUGUGUCUGGGCGUGCGCAAAGACGCGGGCGGGCGGUUCAUCAUGGGCCGCGAGUCGUUUGUGACGCGCGGGACCUGGAGCGACGACGGCUGGCUGACGCUGGAGCGUGUCACGUCGCAUCCCAGCGGCCUGGUGCGGACCGCGUCGUAUACCGCGUCGUCCACCGCCGGCAACGUGGAUUUCCUCUACAUCCGGGACGCGCACUUGGCCAACUACACGCUGGCGGGCGACGGAUCGGCCGUCACGCUGACGCCCACGCCGGUCGACCUCGCGGCGCCCAACGCCUCCCCGACGUUUGUGGGAAAGCGACAGCGGCUGCUGGACGGACAGAGCCGCGUGGCGCUGGCGGCGUGGACCCCCGAGACGCUGGCGGCGUGGAAAUCGGCCGGCCUCCGUUGCGGUCUGGCCGUCUUCAAGGACGAGCACCGCUACACACGCGACACGCCCAGCAUCGUGUUCGAGCUGGUGAACAAGGCCCAGGAGAUUGCGCGGACGUCGCGGCACGACCUGCCACCAGGCAGCCGCACGCUGUCGCUGCGCAUCGUCUACACGGAGCGGGACUACCGGCUGCUUUACGCGACAUCGCUCCGACCAGACAAGGACGAGGACGAGGACGAGGACUGGACGUCUCUGGAUGCCGUCGACACGCUGCAGCUGACCGACCCUGACUUUGUGGGACCUGUCAUUGGUGUCUUUGCGACGAGUGCGUCGCCAGCGAAAGGCAUUGACGUGGCGCUGCGGGGGCUUUCCAUUCAGUAA